AACCGUCUUUUCACCCCAACCAACUCCAACCAAAACAAAGGACACUCGUCCAUUGCAUAUAAACCCACAUUUGCUUUCUCUCUUUCUCUAAAAACAAAGCAAAAAUAAAGCUCACCGGAGGUGUAUUUUGGGAAGACGGUGAUAAGAGAGAGAGAAGUUUCCUAUUCCCGAUAAGGGCCCGCCUUCAUCUCAACGGUCACGAUGCGUAGGCUUCUCAUCGGACGGCUCUCAUCGCUCCAUCACAGGGCUUUCUCUAAGCUCGCCGAGUCUGAGGCCCUUUCUGAGAAGAGUUCAACAAUCGUUCCGAUAAUGCCCCCCUUCGAUUACUCGCCGCCGCCGUACGAUGGCCCGCCGGCGGCCGAGAUCAUCCGGAAACGAUCCGAGUUUCUCAGCCCCGCCUUGUUCCACUUCUACAAGAAACCUUUGAAUGUUGUGGCGGGGAAGAUGCAGUACUUGUUUGAUGAGAAUGGUCGGCGUUACCUCGACGCAUUCGCCGGCAUUGCGACGGUUUGCUGUGGCCAUUGCCACCCGGAAAUCAUCGACGCCAUUAUCAACCAGACGAAGAAGCUGCAGCACUCCACCGUUGUCUACUUGAACCAUGCCAUUGCCGAUUUCGCCGAAGCUUUGGCUUCCAAGAUGCCUGGUGACCUCAAGGUUGUGUUCUUCACGAAUUCUGGCACGGAAGCGAAUGAAUUGGCGAUGUUGAUAGCAAGGCUUUAUACAGGUUGCCAGGAUAUUGUAUCGCUUAGAAAUGCGUAUCAUGGUAAUGCUGCCGGUACCAUGGGUGCUACCGCUCAGUCAAACUAUAAAUUCAAUGUUGUGCAGAGUGGGGUGCACCAUGCAUUGAAUCCAGACCAAUACAGGGGUGUUUUUGGUUCAGAUGGAGAGAAAUAUGCCAAGGAUGUCCAAGAAAUCAUAGAUUUUGGAACUUCUGGACAUGUUGCUGGUUUUAUCUCUGAAGCGAUUCAAGGUGUGGGUGGGAUUCUGGAAUUAGCACCAGGUUACUUGCCUGCUGUCUACAAAAUUAUAAAGAAAGCCGGAGGACUCUGUAUAGCCGACGAAGUCCAAUCAGGAUUUGCACGCACGGGAAGCCAUUUUUGGGGAUUUGAAGCUCACGGUGUUGUGCCUGACAUAGUGACAAUGGCAAAGGGUAUCGGAAAUGGUAUACCAAUUGGUGCCAUAGUUACAACUCCAGAAAUAGCUCAAGCUUUGACACGUCGAAACUACUUCAAUACAUUUGGUGGCAAUCCUGUGUGUACUGCUGGGGCACAUGCUGUUCUUAAAGUGCUUGAGAAAGAAAAACUUCAAGAGAAUGCUCUCAUUGUUGGAUCUUACUUGAAAGAUCGUCUCAAAGUACUUCAGGAAAAGCAUGAAAUCAUCGGCGAUGUGAGGGGAAGGGGUUUGAUGCUUGGAGUUGAGCUAGUUACCGAUCGCAAACUAAAAACUCCUGCCAUAGUUGAAAUUCUACAUGCCAUGGAAGAGAUGAAAGAAAUUGGUGUUCUGGUGGGGAAGGGUGGGUUCUAUGGGAAUGUGUUCAGAAUUACUCCUCCUCUUUGCUUCACUAAGGAUGAUGCAGAUUUCUUGGUGGAUGCAAUGGACCUUGCCAUGUCCAAGCUGUGAAAUCUGUCUCUCUGCAUGUUUAUCUGAAUGUCCGUCGCUCGAUAUGCUAAAUAAUUGCCAAAAUAAGUGUCGUGUUAUUCGACAAGAUGAAGGCAUGAUACGACAACAUCUCGUUGUCUCUAUGUCGAAGGUAGUGAUAAAUUACAAACUUGUAUCUACAUUGUCUAGACAAUGUUCCUUCUUUUUUGCUGUUUGAUUAUGUAUUACAUUGUUGUUCCUUGUUCUUAUGGAUCUAAUAUCUUUGUUUUUCUAAUUUUGGAUGCCAUGAAGUUGUGGUUAUUACU